AUGUAUAGUGCGCAAUUGGGCCCUUUGUUCGCAGGCCACAUAUCUCUGAACUUGGGCUGGCGAUGGCUUUUCAAGAUCGUCGCCAUUAUACUCGGAUUUAACCUCCUGACCACGAUAACAUUACUACCUGAGACGACUUUCAUCCAACAGGGUAGCGUGGACGCAACAGCAGCCUCCCUCGAUGCGCAGCUCAACGAAGCUAUUUCGGGUCGCAAUCAUAGCAGGGCCUUUGUACCGGCCUUACGAAAAGGAAUUCUCUAUCAGAAACACCCUCACGUCCGUGGUGGAGGUGUCAUGGUGUGGAUUAAAACGCUGGCACGACACUUACCAUUCCUCGUCGACCCCAUUGUAAUUUGCUCCGCCGGUCUUUGGGGUAUCGUUCAAAGCUGGGUCAUCGUUAUAUCCGUCUGUUCCUCGCAGCUUUUCGCUCCCCCACCAUUCCUCUUCACUCCAGCGCAACUGGGCAACUGGACAGGCACCAGUAUGGUCGGAAUCAUACUUGCGUUCCCCAUUGCCGGUCCACUCGUAGACAUCAUGUCGCGCAAGCUCUCAGAGAGAAAUGGCGGACAUAAGCCGGAAUAUCGCUUGUACAGCAUGAUCAUCCCGUUCAUGAUCUGCUCCCCUGGCUUACUGCUCUUCGUCUACACCUUCAUCAAGGGUUCGUACGUUGGCCCCGCAAUUGGCUUUGCGAUGCAAGCUGCUGGCCUCACCUUGGUACCUUCUGCGACUAUCUCGUACGUCAUCGACAGUCAUCCGUUCCACGCCCCUGAGGCAGUCGCAUCUAUAAAUCUGCUCACGCAUCUCAUAUCAUUUGCUCUUUCGAAGACAGCAAACGACUGGUUAUUGCGCGUUGGAGUGAAGCAGCUUUUCAUAGACAUGGCGGUGAUCGAGUGGGCGUUAUUCAUUGGGUUGACGCUUCCUCUCUUAUUUUUUGGACCCUGGCUUCGCAAGGCGUUUGCAAAGUAUCAUGAAAAAGUUGGUGGGAAGAAACUCUGGAAUUCGAGCGUUGAUCUGGUAGGACAUUAA